CGCCAGGAACCCUGUGCACUGAUAGCUAAGGCGCAAGAGGAACAGCGAAAGAAGGAUCCAUAUGCACGGGCAUUACUCAUCGAGGCCGGGCUGGCUCAUGCCUGUCUAACAUCCGUUCCGAUCAAAAAGUCACACGCUCUUAAACUCAUCGAUGGUCUUUUCCCCUUUCUCGAAUGGCAGAGCACAAUUGAUUAUCUCAAGAAUCCGCCCAAGGGAUAUCAGCUUCCUGGGGUUGACGUGGUAGGCGGCCUAAAGAAGAUAAGGGAUAAAGUGAGCCGUGGCGAGUAUCCCAAUGAAUAUUCGUUCCAAAAUGAGUUGACUGCACUGAUAGCAUCUGCUUAUGACGGUCAUUUUUAUGUCGACUUGGACCUUAUGAGCGUGUUUAAGCUCGGGAGACCUGACAUUGGGCCGCUCGUCUCUGUCUCCCAAGACGGGGUGAAGCUCCCAGAGGUAUACGUCUUUAGUGAUUUGAAUGCAACUGUAAAGGAGGGAGCAAAAUGGAAACCAUCUGCAGUCACGCAGAUCGACGGCGAGGAUGCCGUCGACUGGCUGCAGAAGUGGUCACACCAUGGCGGCCAGCGGGAUCUAGAUUCAUUGUACAGCGGCCUCUUCUACUCUAUUCCAAAGAUCGAGCAGGGCUGGUACGGAAGCUUCUAUUCGGCGCUAGGUGCGUACCCUGGCGAUAACACGACUCUUACCUUUGAAAACGGCACGACGAGGUCGUUUGUGAAUCGCGCCAGUACCAGGGAAGUGUGGGCCGGGGUGAAGGAUGGUGAAUCGUUUUACCAUCAAUUCUGCAAUGAUGACGAUGCCGAGGAACGGCGGAAGAGGAGGGAUAACAGACACAGUGCCAUUACGACUAUUAGCCAGAGAGAAGUCCACUUUGAGAAACGGGAUGAGCCUGGCAAGUCGCCGAGACCACUCUUCCCAAAGGCAGUGGAGGAGUUUGGAACUGGUGCAGUAGCAGGGUAUUUCCUUGAUGGCCGUAACGACGCAGCCGUGUUGUCUAUCACCUCCCUCCUGGCAGAAGACAAGUCCGGCGGACUGCAUUUCCAGCAGUAUAGUGCUGUGGUCAGCAGGUUCCUGGCUGAUUGUGCGAAAGCGAAAAAGUCGAAGCUCAUCAUCGAUGUGACUGGAAAUGGAGGCGGCACCGUCUUCAUGGGCUAUGAUGUGUUCAAACAGUUAUUCCCCAAGAACGAUCCCAAUGAUGCUUCUAACCUGCGGGCUACCGACCAGCUUGAUUUCGUAGGCAAAAAAGUGAACAAGGCACUAUCAGAUGGCAGUGGCGGCAAACAGGCCGAGUCCCGGCGAGGAAAGGAGUUUGACGCUUCUGUGUUUAUGGACAUCCAUGGACGGCCCCGGAAGAACUGGAAGGAAUUCUUCGGCCCUGACGAGGUAAGUGGCUUCAAGUUCACGAACCUGUCGACCUGGGAUCUGGGGAACAAGGACGUGGCUGGCUUUGCAGGGCAGACAACGGUGGCCGGGUACCUGGACCGAGCGAACCUGCCCCCUCCCGUCUUCCAGCCGGCGCAGAUGGUCCUGCUGACCGACGGUGCCUGUGGCUCGACCUGCGCGCUAAUGGCCGACCUGCUGAGGCGCAACGGGGUGAAAUCAGUGGUGAUAGGCGGGCGUCCGCGCCAUGCUGGCCGGGUCGAGGCAGUCGGCGGCGUCAAGGGCACGCAGACGCUGACCAUGAGUCAGAUACGUAGUGUGGCCAUACUGACCGUCGACGACCUCUCCUCCGAGAAGGAACAGGAGCGUCUGGCAAAGACACCCAUCGGCAAGGUGGCCCGGAACGGCGACGAUGCGCUCGCUCGCAUCAAAGAGGGCGGAGUCAACUUUCGCAACGCCGUCCAUCCGGACGAUAGCUCGAAGACGCCGCUACAGUUUGUCAGCGAGCCGGCGGACUGCCGGCUCUGGACAACAACGCCCAUGCUGUUCGACAUGAACGAGGUCUGGCGCACCGUGUAUGACGCUGCCUGGGGGGAUGGCAGCAGCUGCACUCCGGGAUCGAUCGUCUAA